AUGUCCAGCCGUUGGACCAUUGUCACUCUGCUCCUUUGUAUCUUUUAUACAAGCGUCAAUCUUAGAUCUUUGUCCUCGGUUGUUGCAUUUAGUGCUAACGUGAUUUGUAAUAACAUUCCUGGAUUGACUACGACUCAACGUAGGUUAUGUUACCGGAGACCAGAUGUCAUUGUGGCUGUUGGCGAAGGAUCCAGAAUGGCGAUUAUGGAAUGCCAGAAACAAUUCCGAAACCAUCGUUGGAACUGUACUGCUAUAGGGAGUGAUGCGGUUUUCGGUCAUGUGGUUACUGUCGGUAGCAAAGAGGCAGCUUACGUCUAUGCUAUUAAUUCUGCAGGAGUUGCUUAUGCAGUCACUCAAGCUUGCAGUCGUGGAAACAUCAGUCGCUGUGGAUGCGAUAAAACUAAAGACGGUGUGUAUAAAAGUUGGAAAUGGGGAGGAUGUAGCGCCGAUGUUAAGUACGGAAUGGAAAUUGCCAGAAAGUUUUUAGACGUUCGAGAAUUAGAAAAAGAUGCGCGAUCCUUAAUGAAUCUUCAAAAUAAUAAAGCCGGUCGAAGAGCUGUCAAAGAUACAACGUUAACAGAAUGUAAAUGUCACGGUGUAUCAGGCUCUUGCACAAUGAAAACUUGUUGGAAGAUGCUGCCUCCAUUUACUCGUAUUGGAGAAUAUCUACUUAAUCGAUAUCAAAAAGCUAAAAGAGUGAUGGCUCGUCCCUCAAAAAAAUUCCUUCCUCUUAUUCUUCGAUUAAAAAAACAUAAAGGAACAUUUAAAAGGCCCAAGCCGAAAGAUCUUGUAUAUUUAGAAAAGUCUCCGAAUUAUUGUGAGAAAGAUUUAAGUGUAGGAUCGUUAGGUACUGUCGGACGUAUCUGUAAUAGAACUUCUACCGAUAUGGAUGGAUGUGGCCUGCUAUGCUGUGGCCGUGGUUAUAAUACUCAUCAAUAUAAUAAAACGUGGCAGUGCAAGUGUAAAUUUCACUGGUGCUGUUUUGUUAAUUGCCAAGUGUGCAGCGAAAGAACCGAAGAGUACACUUGCAAGUAAAUCCUAUUU